AUGCAGUUUAAAAGUCUUCUAUUUUCUUUCCUUUUGGCCCUGACCUUCGGGUUUGUCCUCCUUACCCAGGCUGAGGACACUCCCCGCGGACCUAAGAUUACUAACAAGGUCUACUUCGACAUUGAGCAGGAUGGCCAAUCUCUUGGCCGAAUUGUCUUUGGUUUGUACGGAAAGACUGUUCCUUUGACCGCUGAGAACUUCCGUGCUCUUGCUACCGGAGAGAAGGGUUUCGGAUAUGAGGGCUCAAGCUUCCACCGUGUUAUUAAGAACUUUAUGAUCCAGGGUGGUGACUUUACCAACCACGAUGGAACUGGUGGCAAGUCUAUCUAUGGCAACAAGUUCGCCGAUGAGAACUUCAAGCUCCGUCACACCAAGAAAGGUCUUCUCAGCAUGGCCAACGCUGGAAAGGACACCAACGGAUCCCAAUUCUUCAUCACCACUGUUAUCACAAGCUGGCUUGAUGGCCGUCACGUCGUCUUCGGUGAAGUCCUCGAGGGCUACGAUGUCGUGGAGAAGAUUGAGAACACCCCUACCAAGCCGGGUGACCGACCUCUUUCCGCGGUCACGAUCGUUAGGAGCGGCGAGCUUUUGAUGGAUGAAGGUAGCCACUCGGAGCUUUAA